GAGCGGCCGGGGCAGAGCAGAGCCAGCCGCGGCAUCCCGCAGUAGGAGCUGCGCCCUCGCCAGCCUCGCCAUGCAGCCCCAGCCGGCUCUCAGCGUCAACCGCGGCCCCGCAGGUGAGACGCGGCGGAGAUGAGCUGCUCGGGUCUGCUCUCGGGUGCCUCUGGAAGCUGGGAAGUUCAGCUGCCUGGGUGGGAGGGAGGGAGAUUGGAGACGCGCCCACCUCCGAGGGUCCAAACCGGGGGCUGGGAGCCAGCCUCGACCGGAGGGUUGUGGGGAGAUUUAGGACAGGCAGAAGUAAGGACUUAAACUAUGGAACUCGCUGCCGCAGAAGGCAGCGAGUGCCCCUGUAUUGGGUGGCGUGGCAUUAAAAGAAGAUUGAGCUAAUAUAUGGAGGGGAAGGCUAUCGCUGGCUUCUAUCGAGCUCUCUUUUGCAAGCGAAAGUUUAUUUUCUCCUGCUCUGGAGGGUAGGUCUGGAACCAAUGGCUCCAAGUUACAAUAAAGGAGAUUCCGACUAAACAUACGGGGAAAACUUUUGUCAGUAAGAACUGUUCGACAGUGAAACAGUCUCCCUCGGGAGGUUGUGGACUCUCCUUCCUUGGUGGCCAUCUGUCAUAGGUGCCAUAGCUGAGUUUCCUGCAUUGCAGGGGGUUGGACUAGAUGACCCCUGGGUCUCUUCCAACUCUAUGAUUCUAUAAUUUGUUUAUAUAUUUAUUCCGAAUACCGGUUGCUUAACACCACAGGAGGGGACAGUGCUGCUCUUAUGCUCAGGUCCUGCUUGAGGGUUUCACAGAAGAGGCACAGAAGAGACCAGGAGGCUGGACCAGAUGGGCCCCCUUUGGCCUCAUCCAGCACUGCAGGGCUCUUCUGGUGUUCUUACUCCUCUGCAGUGAGGCUCUCCCAGGGCAGACGUCUGCCCUGUCCAAGGGGUGGAUGGAGGGUGAUGGGGGACAGGAAUCCAGAGCCGACCAUUUUAACCAGCCCUCCCCAGGGAGAAGAGGGGGUCUCCCCAGUGUUUCAUUUGCCACAGUUGGAGCUACUGUCUUGCCUCCGGGCCCCCUGACAUCUCCAAGCACAGACUAGGCUCCUGCCUGAAAUCCUGGAGAGCUCCUGCCAGUCAGUGUUGACAGUGCUGAGCUCAAAUGACUCAGUCGAAGGGGGGCUUUCUGUCUUCCUCCUCCAUCGCUCAGAAGACUUCCUUACAUCCCAGGUGACACCAUUUCUUCCUGAUGGUGUCACAGGAAGAUGGGGUUGUAUCAGGGAUAUAACAGCAAUGCUCCUUGAUUUCCCAUAAAAUUUCCUUCUUCCCUUUCUUUCUGGGGAUUGGAGAGCAGGGAGGAGAGAGGAAGGAAGGUUGUUCCACCUUUUUUUUCUUAUGUAUCUAUUUAAUUUAUAUGCCACCUUUUUCUCCCAGGAGCUCAAUGGGGCAUCCAUGGUUCUCCCCCUCCUCAUUUAAUCCCCGCAACAACCCUGUGAGGUAGGUUAGGCUGAGAGGCAGUGACUGGUCCCCAGUGAAGCUCUCUCACAGGUCCUAGCCCAGCACUAACCACUGUGCCAUGCUGGCUCUCUCUAGGGCUAAAGUGAGAUUCCCAGCUGGGGGGCAGGUCCCCUUGCGUAUGGGGAGUGGCUGGCAGGGGCUGCCCUGAACUGUGUACUAUUAGCAGAGAAGGCUCUGGCCUCUAAGGUAAUCCCUUUGUGGGAAAAGGUCCCCUGGAACCACUGGAAUUCCCAGAGGUGCGUGCAUCUUAAAGAUGGCUUUUCAUCCCAGUCUAUAAAAGGUGUUGAUGGGAAGCAGGUGUUUGCCACUGAGAGAACCCAUUUCAGGAAUCAAAACAAAACAGAUAUUCUCUGGCUGAACAGCCACCCAUAGCUAUAGGGAGAUGCAAGCCUCAGAGUUUCACAAAAUUCUUCAGGCUGUAGCAACUCCUCUAUCUAGGCCUGCCACAUACCCUUUUAUAUACUCUUUGUAAGCUGCUUUGAGGAUUUCCAAGCGGCUUAUAAAUUUUAUGAAAUAAAUAUAUAAAUACUCUUGGCCACCCGUAUUUUGGGAGCAAGAUGGCAACUGGAGGAUCUCCUUGUCUUGUGACAUACACAAUCCUCAACUCACUGAAAACAGGGGGUCUUAGCAUAAAUUGCUAGCUUAAAACACAGUUAUGCGGGGAUUUUUCCUCCGUUCAGAUGGAAGCUGGUUUCAGGGGAAAUGCGUCAGGUUGCAGUAUUUUAUAAGAAACGGCAGGAUUGGUAUGGCAUAUGACUAGUGUUGUGUGUAAACCACUUUCCAAACCCGCAGUAGGUGUACGUGGGAUGCAGAGUAAACAGGUGCAGUGUGGUGCAAUGGUUAGUGUGUCGGACUGGGGACCUGGGAGACCAGGGUUCAAAUCCUCACUCCAUCAUGAAUCUCACUGGGUGAGCUUGGGCCAGUCACUGCCUCUCCAUCUAGCCCACCUCACAGGGUUGUUGUGAGGAUAAAGCACACACCCACACACAAGAGAGGGAGAGAGCCCCGGUUGGUUUCAGCCAGACAUUGGGCAUUCAAUGUGCCACCAGCCCCAUCCUGUGCAAACAAACGCUCCUGGAGAUUCAGCAGAGGUCCUCCUCCCCUUUCACUUUCAGUAAACUCUUGGAAUUUUUUUUUUAUUCAAUGCCACCUGACCUACGCAGUUCUAGGAAAUGUUCUCAAGUAGCCAGUCAUUGUGAUGAUUGUUCCCUAUGGCUUUUAACAGGGGGAGUGGCCUGGCUCUUACUUUAUUUAUUUACCACGAGUAUUUUUAUAGACCUCCCUCUGCUAAAAUUAUCAGGUGGUAUACAGCGAUAUGAAAGUCGGCCAGGCCUGAGUCUUACCAUGGGAAGAGGAAUAUUUGUCUUUAUUUGGUCCCCUCCUCAUCUCAGAGGUUGGUCUUGGUGUAUUGAACACACAGCACAAAUGCAAGGCUGUGGGUUUAAGAACAAAACAGCUCUAGGAGUAGGAAGAAGGGGCCAGCAAAUGUCAGAAGGGGCAUGGGGGGGGGAGACCCCUUUCAGGGAGGCUACAGCAGUGGAGUGCCAGCAUUGGCAAAGGGUUGGCCUAAAUGUCCUCUGAGGUCCCUGCUGACACUGUGUUUGUAUUAUUAAAGGCUCAACGGGUAUCUGUGGCUCACCUGGGGCCUCUGACAGUUUAAACAGGUUUGUGGCUGGUUUUAGAUGUGCAGCAGAGGUUUUCUGAUUAAGCCUGCCAUGAGAACGUCAAAAGAGCCUGCUGGGUCAGGCCAAAGGGGGCCUUCUGGUGCAGCAUCCUCUUCUUCCUGCAGCCAACCAGAAGCUCCUUACGGGGAAAGGCUCGAGCAGGACCUGAGCACAAGAGUCUUCUCCCCCCCCCCCCCCCGUGGUUUCCAACAACUGGUAUUCAGAACUAUUACAGCCUUCUAACCUGUGCGCAGGAUAUUGGCAUCAUGGCCAGUAGCACUGACAGCCCUCUCUUCCUCGAAUUUGCCCAAUCCUCUUUUAAAGCUGCCUAGGUUGGUGGCCAUCACUGCCUCCUGUGGAAGUGAGUUCCACAGCUUAGCUAUGUGCUGCAGGAAGAAGGACUUUCUUUUGUUUGUUCUCUUCUGAGUCUUCCAACGUGUAUCUUCACUGGGUGUGCACAAGUUCUAGUGUGAUGACUGUCUCAACGCUAUGUGCAAUUUUAUAAACCUCUGGUCUGGAUAGCUCAGUUGGUUAGAGCAUGGGGCUGAUAAAGCCAAGGUUGCAGGUUCAAUCCUUGUAUGGGGCAACUACAUAUUCCUGGGCUAGAUGAUCCAACUCUGCAAUUCUGUAAUUCACCUCUGACUCACCUUUUCUAUGAAUGAAAAAGUCCCUAACGCUGCAACCUUCCAUCAUAGGAAGAGUUGCUCCAUCGCCUUGAUCCUUCUGCUUGACCUCUUCUGAACCUUUUCCAACUGUACAAUAUCCUCUACAACAGGGGUGGCCAACUCUCAAGAGACUGAGAUCUAUUUUCAGAAUUAAAAGCUGGCAGUGAUCUACCACCAUUUUGGGGGGGAUUCAGCUCAAAGUUGUUGAGCUUUUUCAGGGGUUAAAAAUAGCUUUUUUGGGGAGGGGAACUUCCAUGGGGGGGGGUUAAAGGCAAGGGACAAAGGGGUAAAGUCACUCACAAAAAGAUUGCUAUGGAUGAAAACAGCAGCACAGAGAAAGCUCCGUCUUCCCUUCUAGAGAUCAAAUAACAAUGGAGGGCAGGGCAGGAGUCAGUUUUAGUGACCCUAAGGAAAGGGAACCAGAGAUCAGCCACAAUCUACCAAAACUUCCCGGGGAUCUACCAGUAGAUUGUGAUUGACCUGUUGGACAUCCCUUCUCUACAACAGUGUUUUUGCACCUGGCUUUCAACCACUUGCAUAAGGGACGCGGGUGGCGCUGUGAGUAAAACCUCAGCGCCUAGGACUUGCCGAUCGCAUGGUCGGCGGUUCGAAUCCCCGCGGCGGGGUGCGCUCCCGUCGUUCAGUCCCAGCGCCUGCCAACCUAGCAGUUCGAAAGAACCCCCGGGUGCAAGUAGAUAAAUAGGGACCGCUUACCAGCGGGAAGGUAAACAGCGUUCCGUGUGCUGCGCUGGUUCGCCAGAUGCAGCUUGUCACGCUGGCCACGUGACCCGGAAGUGUGUGCGGACAGCGCUGGCUCCCGGCCUAUAGAGUGAGAUGAGCGCACAACCCUAGAGUCUGGCAAGACUGGCCCGUACGGUCAGGGGUACCUUUACCUUUACCUUCAACCACUUGCAACCAAGUGAAGAUGCCUGGGCGCCAAGAUAGCACCUGACAUCUCCACCAUCUGGAGAUCAUUGGAUCUGGGUUGUUUUCACACACCAAUACCCAAUCCUGAGGAUUCUAUCAGUUAUAUUUUAUCUGUACAAUGGGAAUGCGUUUCUGGAACCAAAAUGCUUUUUCUGUGCAGCCUGAGCCAGAACAGAUACCAUUAAAGAAAAAGAGGUUGAAAUAGGCCAAUAUAUAUGUGGGCUUUCCCGGUUUCAAGUCACUUUUUUUCUUCUAAGUUGUCAAAGCUCUUAACCUAGCUCAAGGUUGCCAUCUGAACUUGAAAUAUGUUUAACUGAGAAUCACAGUCAGUCCAUCAUCUGAAAAAGAAGACUUUAGAGCCGUCUUGGCCACAAAUGGGAACUAGACGUUCCUUUUUUGCAACUCCAACCUUGGCUUAAGGAGCCACUGGGUGCCUAGCUUAUAUAUCUGAGUUUCUAACACUGCUCUACAAUAUCCAGUGCCUGCAAUAUCCUUGCUUUUUGUUUCCCCCUCCAAAGUGUCGGCCAUUAGCAUGGCGCCUGCCAAGAAGAUCAAGGCCAAGCUCAAGAAGACAUUGCCCGUGACCGGCCCCCAGGCGCCCACCUUGCGGGAGCUGAUGCACUGGUACUGCAUGAACACCAACACCCACGGCUGUCGGCGCAUCGUGGUCUCGCGGGGGCGCCUGCGCCGCUUCCUGUGGAUCCUGCUCACGCUGACCGCUGUGGGACUGAUCCUGUGGUACUGCACUCAGCUUGUCCUCAACUACUACAAAGCCUCUGUCUCUGUCACGGUCCAGUUCCACGCACUCCCCUUCCCAGCCGUCACCAUCUGUAACAUCAACCCCUACAAGUAAGUGAGGCUCAGCAUCCAGGAAAGCUUCCCCCAAGCCUGCCAGUGGACAGGGACAGCGAAGGGUCAGGCUGCUUUCAGCACAGUCCUGCUCAAGAACUUGGAAUGUGGAGUCAGGGAGAUGACUCCUUGGGUGGAAUAAAUAAUGGCAACUUAUAAUAGCAGCAUUUAAUUAUUAUUUGGAGUGCUCAGAGAGCUCCAAUUCACAGUUCCCCGCCCUGGUCUUUAAGAUCCCCUAAAGCAGCCCUGCUGAGUGUGCAGCCCUCACCUGUGGAACUCCCUGCUUAGGGAGGCCUCUCCGGCCUCUUUGGGGAAACGAGUAAAAUCAUCUUUUAGGAGGGAUUCUUCUUUCUCUUGAAAAUGCCCAAAGUAGGAAAUGUUGCCCUGCAAACCUGUGACACAAGGGUGGCGGUUGCAGCUGUAUUUUUGUUAACAAUCUCUUUGGACUUGUUUGAGAAUUGCCAUGGUGGAAUGUCAUGUAUUUUGUGUCUUGUGGUUUGUAAGACACUCUGAGAGUUUUGAAUAAUAAUAAUAUUUCCAUUGCAAUUUGCAUUGCAUAGGAUCAUGCCCUGAGGGACUUGUACAAUAAAAUAGUAACAAAUGUUAAUCACCCCAGAAAUAUUGACAAUAACCCUGCAAAGUAGGCUACUGUUAAAUGUCCAGCUUGUGAACCUGAUCCCUAUGGGGCUUGUGUCAUCUUGCUGCUGGACUAUGGGAGUGGGUGGGGUGAUUCAUCGAAAAGUGGCGUUUUAUGUUCUUGUUUGUUGGGUUGUCACAGUAAGUACAGUCCAUCAAUCCAAUUUAAACAUACCUAUUGAUAUAAGCAGAUCUUAUGCCCAAAUAGAUAUCCAAGCAAGGUGGGUGAUUAUAAGACAUACUGCCUAGUGUCAAAAGUGCAGGAAGAUCUUUGGACUGUUGAGUGAUGAGUGGCAGCUGUUUAUCCUUCCCACUUUGAAGCACAAGUCUGCUUUAAAAUAAUCGUGUGUCAGUCUUGGUCCUUGAGCCCAGUGCUGGGCUGAGUGGAUGCACCCAGAUCCUGGCUAUCUGAUUUUAACAGCCCCCCCCCACCGCUCUCCUUGUAGCAAAAGAUCUUGCCCCCUGUAGCAACAAGAUCCCCUGUCUGUCUCCCGGUAGGUACAGUGCCAUCAAGAAACACCUGGCCGAGCUGGACAAAGAGACAGAGAACGCGCUGAGGUCCUUGUAUGACUUUUCUGGAAGUAAUAUCAGGGAGCGUCGUGAUGCUGGUGAUCCUGAGCCAAGUGAGGACAGAAAAUUCCACAGAUACUUUCCCUUGAGGAAUUUAGACAACCUCACUCACCAGCAGCCUUUUCCAAAUCCCUCCUCUGGUCCCAAACGGCGCAUGGAGGCCAACAUCAUUUCGGGCGGCUCCAGCAUUGUCAGCGUCAAGAACCCUCAGGAUAUUGUGGGAUUCCAACUGGUGAGUCGCCUUGCUCUGUGGCCUAUGGGAGAACCCGUUGCAGCUCUGUUGAGUCGGAUGCCAGCCUUACAUUUGGGGCUGGCGUGCUUGGCACAGGCAGGAGGGAACUCUAGGAGAUGGGGAGCCCCAUGCAGCGCCUUUGGGGCUUCUUCUGAAUCAUUUUCCAUCCCCAUGGCCACAGCCUUCCUCAACCCAGUGCCUUCCAGAGGUUUUGGACUAGAGCUCCCAUCAGUCCCGGCAUGAAGUGGCCAUGUGGUGCUGAGGCUGCUGGGAGAUGUAGUCCAUUUGGAGGGCAGUGGACAGGCUUGUGAGCUCAACAAGUGCCCUUCGCAGGCUCAGACCUGCACCUUGGAUUGUGCCCAGAACUUCACCAUAGGAAAAGGUGCCACUUGCCUCCUGAAAUGUGGCUGGUGGCAGCCUAUAGCCUGGAGUGAGUUGGGGGCUUUCCUGUUGUAGCCCCUGCUCAGCGGAAGCCCCUGCCCGGCAACCUUGGUUGUUCUCCACUUUGGGCAUCUCCAAUUGAGGCAGAAAGCAGGUUAUAAAUCCUACUGCAAACAAAUAUAAAUACUGUAUACACAUUAAUUAGCUCAACAAACAAAUGCGACAAGGUGUCCCUCCUGUCUCACAGUUGAAUAUGUCUUGCCUGCAGAGUUACGAGUCACUUGCAGUUCCAAGGCUGGAUCAGAGAGAUUUUCUUUCUGGGUCCAGGCAUCUGAGGAUUGUGCUCAUGCCUUUUCUCUCUUUCUGAACAAUUAUUGUCAUUUUAUUUGUUGCAUUGAUAUCCCACCCUUUUUGUCCAAAGUGUACGUGGUCCUCCCACUCCUCAUUUAAUGCCCAGAACAAACCUGCGAGGCACGUUAGGCCGAGAGGCAGUGACUGGCCCAUGGUCACACCUAGUGAGCUUCAUGGCUGAGUGUCAGGAUUUGAACCCUGGUCUCCCGGGUCCUAGGCCAACACCUUAACCACUGCACCACGCUAUUCUGUGCUGAGCCACCUACCUACUUCCACACUGCAAGGCAGCGUAUGCAUCUGUGGGGCAGCCCCUCGGCCUGCCUGCUUGCCUGAGCCCCUGCUUUCUCUUCCUUCCAGUGUGACUCCCACAACAAGAGUGACUGUGCCCUUUACACCUUCAGUUCGGGUGUCAACGCCAUCCAAGAGUGGUACAAGCUGCAUUACAUGAACAUCAUGGCCCAAAUCAGUGCUGAAGAGAAAGUGAACAUGAGCUACUCGGCAGAGGAGCUCAUCUUGAGCUGCUUCUUUGACGGCCGUUCCUGCGAUGCCAGGUCAGUCACUGGGAACAGAGCAGGGGGCAGAGCAUGCUCCAGCAGCAGAGGUGGAACAUAUCUAAUGCAAAUUAAAAGUGCUUUAGAUAUGGGAAGUUUAAUAGGGGCUUUUCUCUAGCAUCCUUGGGGAGGCCAGACAGAAGUGAGAUACGCACCAAAUUGGCCUUGUGCAGUUGGACAGGUGUUGAAUGCAGAGCUCUCUGGCCUCACGUGUGUCUUUUUAAGGACCACCUCUCAAGCCUUCACGGUUUGUGAAGGUCGGUGGCUGGAGCAGGUUUUAGCUGAGUUCUUUUGCUGGUGAACCUCUGAGUACAGAAGCCACGAGGGCAGUGCCCUUUCUGCAGCAGUGUCCAAAAUGUGGUCUCACCCAUGAGCUUAGGACUGCAGAUAUGGAUGUUUCUGCAUGGCAACCCACCUGGUCUGCCUUGUGGUUUCCAGGUGGCAGCUUUACAGCCCACCCUCUGGGAUCUGCCUCCCCAAAGCAUCUGUUUCCCCAUCAAUCCGUGGGGAGAACAGGGCUGUUCAGGUUCGCAACUGGGUAGUGGUGAGUCAUGCCAAAGAUCUUGCCAUUGCAAGCGGAAGCCUAGUCGUCACUCGGCUCAACCCACCAUUCCUGCUUAGCCACUUGUUGCAUUAACCCAUCCUUCCCCAAUCUGGUGCUCGCCAGAUGUUCUCAGUGGGAACCAUAUACCCUUAAGAUGUUGUUGUUGUUGUUACUCAUUAAACUUAUUAGUUUCUCUUUUUUUAACAGAAUAACUCAAAGUGACUUAGAACAGCAAGAGAAAUAAAUAACACAUACCAGUACAUUAUGUCAGGGAUUCCUUUGUUGUGAUUCCUCCAUUGCAGAGGUUUGGACUAGAUGUCCCUUGGGAGAUCCUUCCAGCUCUACGAUUAUAUGAUUCUAAUAUCAGCAUAAAACGAAAACCUAAACCUCAUUCAUAUUUUUAAAAGGCGGGACUGAAACAUCCCACCCACCAAAGGAGGCCACAGAUAAUGAAAACCCAAAGGUCUAGCAAAAUAUAAAUGUUUUUUGCCUGGCCCCAGGGUUAAUUCUUGAUGGUGCCAGGCAUUCUUCCCUGUGGAGCCAUCACUGAGAGGGGCUGUUCUUGUGUCGACACCCUCCACACCUCCCCCAGAAAGAUCCCUCUUUGCUGAUUCCCACUCCCCAUGACAUUUUUUAAGAGUUGGGCAUCACCCAAAUAAUUUCAAAACUAACUCUUUGUCCUUGUCUGUUGGGAAGCUGAACAAAAGUCCCUGCAGAAACAGUUUCUUUCUAAUGCAGUUCAUGUUAAUUGGGCAAUUUAAGCUCUUUUGUUGAGUUUAUCUACAGUAGGUGGGGCAAAGUGCUUUUAAAAAAUAAAUAUGUCUUUGGUCGGCGCCAGGAACUUCACAACAUUCCACCAUCCGAUGCACGGGAACUGCUAUACCUUCAACAGUGGGCAGAACGGAAGCAUCCUGAACACAACCACCGGAGGCAGUGAAUACGGUAAGGGAGCCCUCCAGACAGUUUGCCUGCUUGAUCUCACUUGUGAGUGGGUGUGGGUGGGCCUAGAUUCUUGUCCUGAGCUCUGUAGCCACUAUCCAGAGUUCUAAGAGAACAUGUCCACUCGAUCACUUCAACUAGCAGAACUGAUCCUGUUACAGAUGCCACCUAACACCCACUCCACGUUUGCAAGAAAUCAGCCUUUCCUUGUGGCAGCACCUACACUCUGGAAACUCCCUGCCUAUUGAUAUCAGCCAGCCUUCACUGUACUCUCGUUGGCACCUGCUAAAACCAGUUUUGUUUAGGCAAGCCUACCCAGACAUGUAGAAUGUGGAUGUAUGUUUUAAUCUGUUUUAGUUUAUUGCUGUUUUCCUCUUUCAAAUGUUGUCAAGAGUUGCUUUUAGUGAUAACUUUGUUGUUUUUUCUUCUUUGCAAACUGCUUUGAGGAGUGUGUGUGUGUGUGUGUGUGUGUGUGUUUUACAACCAAGCAGUGGAUAAAUUUUAUGGGGGGAAAACCUAACUAGCUAACUAAGAGAAGCCUACAAAGUCCCAGCUGCAUCCAACCGCUGCUCCUCCCGCCCUGCCCCCUUCCUCCCCUCCAUGGAUAGUCUUACCUGACCUGCAUCUUGCAUGCAAGCCUUUUUUCCACUAUUAAGAUUUGACAUUUGAAAUAUUACUUGUCUGGGUAGCUGGUCCCUAGUGGCCUGGUGUGAAUCUGUAUGUGUACCCCUACAUUCCCCCCGAAAAAAGCACUGCUCUUGAGGGGCUUAAGUUCACAAUUUUUAAGCAAAUACACAUUAGAGGAUUUCCUGUACCAGUCGCUGCCACUUUAGCUGAGACCUUCUUGCUUGUAAAGGACCUCCUUUCCCCUGGUAAAUCUGCCCAGACCUGGACAUCAACACCUGCCACCUCCGAGGGCGUUUCGGAGGGUGCUGAUGAGAGAACAGGGCCUUCUCUGCUGUAGUUCCCUGUCUAUGGAAUGCUCCUUCAGGGAGGCUCGCCUGGGGCCAAACCUGCUAUCAUUGGUUCCAAAUGUGCUUUAUUUUUGCCAGGCAUUGGAGCAGCAUCACUGAUACGAUUCUACUGUUAGAUCUGUUUUUAUUAACAUUUGCGUGAUUUUUUUUUUUUUAAUCGUUUAAAGAUUUCGAUUAUGAAUUGCUUCAGGUCUUUUGUAGUGGAAAGCAACAUAGAAAUCUAAUAUACCCAGGUUUGCGGCUGACCACUGUUUUUUACUGCCAAGUAAUUGCCUGGCUUUGCCCAAACUCAGCAGACUGAUCUGUCUGCCUGCAUUACAUUUUUGGUUUUUACAUUUUGAUUUUUACAUUUUGGUAUGGCUAAAUUUUUCGCUGCAAUUUUUUUUAAAAAGAUGCAUUAGUUUAUUUUGUUAGCUGCUUCAGGUGCUGCGCAGAGAAACAAAGGAGAGAACGGGAGACACAAUAGUUUAGCUGGCAAGUCUCAUCCCGUGUGCCCUGACUUUUUUUGGCCCCUGUCCCCACAGCACCUUCUCCUCCUCUUCCUCCGGAGCCUCUCUUGGUCCCGUACCUUCCACUAGACUGGCCUAAUCCUGCGCUCCUUCCUUUACACAGGGCUGCAGGUGAUCCUGUAUAUAAACGAAGCAGAGUACAAUCCUUUCUUGGUGACGUCUACGGGAGCCAAGAUAGUGAUUCACGGCCAGGAUGAAUAUCCCUUCAUCGAAGACGUCGGCACUGAGAUAGAGACAGCCACAGCCACCUCCAUCGGGAUGCACUUUGUGAGUGGUGGUGCUGGAGCAGAUGGGCAGCAGUCACCCUGGGCAGAUUCUGCUCUCGUGUGCACAGGAAACCACCCUCCCAGCAUACGGCUGUCCAGUGCUCAGAGCUUUCCAAACUUUUCAUGUUGGUGACAUGCUUUUUAGACAUGCAUCAUUUUGCGACACAGUAGUGCAGUUUUACUAGCAAACCGGGAGGUUAAGCUAACCCCUUAUAAGUGAUACGGACACAUACAUAAAUUGUAAUACAGUGGUACCUCAGGUUAAGAACUUAAUUCGUUCUGGAGGUCCAUUCUUAAUCUAAAACCAUUCUUAACCUGAGGCACAAUUUUAGCUAAUGGGGCCUCCCACCGCCGCGGCGCAAUUUCUGUUCUCAUCCUGAAGCAAAGUUCUUAACCUGAAGCACUAUUUCUGGGUUAGCGGAGUCUGUAACCUGAAGCGUCUGUAACCUGAAGUGUCUGUAACCCGAGAUACCACUGUAGUGUGACACAUUUACACACUGAGCUGACAUACUAACGUGUCGCAACACACACUUUGGAAAGCUCUGCCCUGGCUGGAGGUCGUUUUGGAGGAGACUUUCUUUGCCAUGUUCUUUGUCUUGUGUGGCUGUGACUAAGGGUCAGGGCUGCAUUAAAAGGAAAAAAAGAUCUGAACUUGCAUGGCCGAUGAUGGGGGCUGGAGUCCAGCAAUACCUGGAGUACCACAGAUGUUCACUCCACCCCCAAAAGUGAAACUAUGAAGUGUCUACCCAAUGAAAGAUUAGAUAUACAUAAGACAUUGUCAGGUCUUAUGAGGGAGUUCAUCUAUACUUCAGGGGUACAACAUCUGCUUCAAUCCCGGCCAUUGCCAAGUAUUUUUUUUAUUUAUUACAGAUCUUUCAGGAUGUAAAUCCUGCCAAACCUCCUUUGGGAUGCCAGGCCUGGCUUCAGCCUCUUGGGAUAGUAAAUCCUGAUAGCACACAAUAGAGUGCAUCUGAGCAUGUGCAAAGUGCCUUUCCAGCACCCACACAUCUGGGAUUAAAGGAAGAAGCACAAGCUCAACCCAGGAUGCCUCUUCCCUGCCCCACACGCCCCUCUCCCAUCACACACCCCACCUUGGCAGGCUCAUACCAACAGAGUUCUUCCUUUCUAUCCCACAGACAAAGUCCAAAAGACUCGGCUAUCCAUACAGCAACUGCAAAGAGGACGGGUCUGACGUCAAUGUGAAGAAGCUAUACAAGAACAAAACCUACUCUUUGCAGGUGAGGCAUGUGCGGUGGCCGGGGUGUGGGACUGUGAGAAGUGAUCCCAUGCUCUUGCACCCCCCCCCCAAGGGAUACGGGAGGGGGUUAAAUUGCACCCAGGCAGCCUGGAGCCCCAGGACCUCUCUGCCUCAUGGUUUUGUGCAGCCUGCACCAGCAACCGCAAUGGUUCGGGCUGAUGGAAAUUGUAGUCCAAAAUGACCAUGCUGGCUGGGGGCUCAUGGGAGUUGUAGUCCACAACAUCUGGAGGGCACUGACAGACACCCUGCUUGAUUUCUCCCCCUCGCAGACCUGCCUCCAUUCCUGCUUCCAGAAUGAGAUGGUGAAAAAGUGCGGCUGUGCCCAGUACGCCCAGCCCCUGCCCGAUAAUGCCGAGUUCUGCAACUACAAGAAAUAUCCAGACUGGAGUAAGUCUUCCCAUCACUCCACCUGCCCGCUCUCCUCAGGAGCUGGGUCAAAGGGCCCCCUUCCCCCAGAGGGGGCUUAAGUUUCUCUGAGACGUCUCUUUCCAGGAAUGCAUCCCACUCUGCCUUGAGUCCAAUGUGAGCUCUUUGUUGCCAUCCAUGAUUUCAGGAGAAAACGCCCUUCCUUGGGAAGCCAUAGCUCUGGGCCUAAACCAGACUUUAGGCAAGAAGACGCUCCUGCUUCCCUCUCGCUUUCCACACACAUCUGCUUACAUGGCCUGCUGCCAAGCUGCCCUUCAUCAUCCAUUGUCAUCAUCAUGUUAUUUGUAUAGAAUCAUAGAAUUGGAAGAGUUGGAAGGGGCCCCAAGGGCCACCCAGUGUCAUGCAGCGCAGGAAUCAUAGUUGAAGGAUCCCUGACAGAUGCCCAUCCAACCUCUGCUUUCAAAACUCCAGUGAAGGAGAGCCCACCACCUUCCGAUGCAGUGGUGAACUUUGGGCUUUCAAAUUUCAGUGGCAAUGCCAAAAUUCAGUGCCCGCCCCCCCGCCUCUCUGCCAUUGUUGCAGUGUCCUCUCAGCUCAGCACCCAGUGCAGGUGAACCAGUCACGCUCCCCUAAAUCCGCCUCUGUCCAAAGGCGCUAAGAGCUGUCCCCUGUCGAAUAGCUCUUAGCGCCAGAAGGUUCUUCCUGGUGUUUAGCUGGAAUCCCCUUCUUUAGUUGAAAUCUCCUUUGUUAUGCCACCCUUCCAUGAAACGAAUCGUGCCCAAAGCAGCUCUUCAAGCGGGAAUUGCAUCUCAGAAAUCAGCCAUCGCAGGAACAAUUUCACAACAGCAUCCUGAAACAACAACGUAACAGCAAAUAUAGCAACAUACAAGAAAAACAUUCACACCCAUAUUUUGGAGCUAUAAAUAAAGCCAGAUUGCAUUAACAAGAUGACUCCGUUCUAGCCAUACCAAAAAUAGCAAGGAGGUUGGACCCGUUUCUCUUGGGUCCCAGGAACACCCCCUCUCCUUGAUGUUGCUCACAGUCCCCUUCCUGCAGCAGCUUCUCAGGAGGUUUCCAAAGGCAGGAGCCCCUUGCUCAUUCACAGCAGAAGGCAGGAGUGAAGGCCAUGCUCUUGCCUUCUCCUUGCCCAAGAUGCUUCCUCAACAAAGUGGGAGCUUGCCUUUGUCCUGAGACCUUUUUCCCCAGCCACGCUGGGAUUUUGCAGGAUUGGUGGAGGCUGCUGGGCUGCUCCUAACAGCCUCCCUUCUCUCUCUCUCCUCUUCCUCCAGUGUAUUGCUACUACAAACAGCAUGAAAAGUUUGUGAAGGAGCAGCUGGAUUGCCAGGGGAGCUGCACAGAGGCCUGCAGGUAAGUUGUCCCCCCCACCAUCCCUCUACCACCACCCCACAACUAGAAUGCUCCAGGCUCCAGUUACACCAAUGGCAACUUCCUGCAUCCUUGACUUGGGUGGGUUUCCAAAGGGUGACAGGGCCGGGUCUUCUGCCAUUGGGGUCUCCGGAGAAGCCAUCAGGGUGCUGAGUCCUUCCCUCCCUGCUUGCUCAAUGCCUGCCUUGCCUCCCCAGCUUGAAAGAGUGGACCCUCACCACCAGCCUUGCCCAGUGGCCUUCUUCAGCCUCCCAGGUGAGUGUCUCCCCCCCACAAGUCCUGUUUGCCUUGACCUCCCUUUGCCUAGGAUGUGAUGCUCUUUCUGCACAAAAGAGGGCUGCCCCCUUUCCUCCUUCCUGUUCAUUUUAUCCCUUGAAAACUUGGCUAUAACAUACCUGUCGACUGUCCCGGAAAAAGUGGGACACCCCGUUUUCUCUCUCAGAAAAAGACAGUGACCAAAAUGGCUGCCGCGAUCUCACAUGAUUUUGGGCUGCACUUUUUCAGGCAUGGUGCUCGAAAGUAAAUACUUUUGGUCACUGUUUCAAAAACAAAAACAGAAAAACCACUUUUGGGGGGGCAUGAACAAUGCAGGUCAAGUGAUUUGUGUGAGAGUGCGGCCUUGGAAGAUGGUGUCUUGUUUUUUGGCCUGUUUGUAUUGUAAGGAAUGCUAUAAAGUUUUAUAACAAUAGAUUGAUCCAGGGGUUUGCAAUAGGUAACACCUCCUCAGCUUAAUUGCUGAUGACAUUGCCAUCAUGCUUCAAGAUACAAAGAGUUGCCCUUCCACAAGUAUGUUGAGAAAACUGGGAUAAGUAACAUCUAAUUGGUUUUUUUUGAAAAAUUCUUGAUGUAAUAUAGUGCAUUUUAUCCUAGGUACUCCUUGUUUCAGUCAUAGGUUUCAGUCAUAGGUUUGUGUUUCUGUAUAUCUUGCAAGUCAGGUGUGCCCCACCCCUUGUUCUCUCGUUUCUUUUGACGGGACUUUUCACUUACCUUUCCGCAUCUCAUCGCAAGUAUCUGGAUAACGAGCUUUAUAAUUUCUUCUUGUGAAUGUAACAUCCCAUGCCCGCCUGGGUUUGGUUUGGUUUUUACAUAUGUGUUUGUCUUGUGAAGUUCUAUUCAAUAAAAAAUACUUUUUUAAAAAAAAGAUCCAGAAGUUCUACUUCUGGAGGGAAUUAAUACUAUAAAUUAUUUUGGGGUGGUGUCUUGUCUCCAAAUUAUUAUUAUUAUUAUUACUAAUUAUUAUUAUUAUCCUAUCAGACUGGGUGGCCCAAGCCAAUCUGGAUUCCUCCCAAUACAAUAUUAAAAAAUUAUAAGAUUAAAAACUUCCCUAUAUAAGGUUGCUUUCAGAUGUCUUCUAAAAGUCAAAUAGUUGUUUAUUUCCGUGACCUCUGAUGGGUGGGCAUAUAAUAAUAAUAAUAAUAAUAAUAAUUUUAUUAUUUAUAUAAACUGUGACAAAUCCUUUUUCUGGAAUGUGAACACCCCAAGACCCAAUUAACUAUUAGAUUGUCCCCUGGAAUUAAGACUUGUUCCACCUCCUUGCAGUAUUCUAAAGAAUCUGAACAAAUUGUUUCAUUUUUAUUUUUUUUAAAGAAUGUGCCCUUUCCAUAUGUUCACCUGUACAGGCACAAGAUCAGAUGCAAAGUCCUCUCUUAUGUGUAAAUCCUGCCCUACCCAGGGAGCUCCUAAACUCCAUGGGAGGACCAGGCUAAGGGACGGAGGCAGGGAAUUGGUUUGCAAGGAAAGAGCUGUGAGUGAAGCAGUGGAGGGCAAAAGUCAGACCCAGGGCCAGCUGUCAGCUAAGCUGGGCCCCAGCCUGUGGGGCUUCGAAGGGCCCCAUCCACCCAUGAUUUUUAGUGCCUGGCACUUUUGAAUAGGAGUCCAGGAGAUGGUUACCUCCAUCAAAGGGGCAGCGGUGGUGGCUGCCACAUGCAAGGCUGGGCCCUACCCUAGGCACUGGGGCUGGUCCUUGUCAGCACAAUUUUGAGGGGGCCCCAAAGCCCUGAGGAGAGGGGGGUGGCAAAUGGGAAGGACAAGAUCACAGAGGAGACCACACAAUUGUCCUGCUUGUGUGUUUCUUCCCUUUGGGGCAUCGGGCAAGCCACUGGGAGAACAGGAAGCUGGACUGAACUUCAGGAAGAAGUUUCUGAGGGUCAGAGCUGUUUGACCGUGGAACUGAUUCCCUCGGAAGAUGGUGGACUCUCUUUCAUUGGAAAGGGUGGAUGGAUUAUCUGCCAGGGAUUCUUCAGCUGUGAUUCCUACACUGCAGAGGGUUGAACUAGAUAGACCUUUGAGUACCUUCUAACUCGAUGAUUUUGUGACUGGAUCCUUACCCAGCGGCACGGCUUUUCUGAUGUUUGAGCAUGUUCAAUUAAUUCUGGCUCUCUUCUUUUAAAGGACUGGAUGCUGAAACUUCUGUCAUGGGAUAAAUGGAACAACCGCGGUGAGACCUUUAAAAAGUAAGUCCCCCCCCCCCACACACACACAUCCCAUAAGAAGCCAGGGCUGCCCGUCCUAGGUGAGACACUGUUGCUUCCCAACCAGCCCUGCCUCAUCCAGCUCCACUUCUCCUUCUCUCCCCCCUCCCCACAAUUUAUUUUCUCAGGGAAGACCUGGCAAACCUUGUGGUGUUCUACAAAGACUUGAACGAGAGGGAAAUCAAGGAGAAUCCAGCAAAUGAUGUGAGUGUUGCCUUUGGCCAACUUCUGAGUAGCCCCUUCUGGGAGGACACUUGCCAAGAGGGGCUUCUCCACUCAGGCUCAGGAAGGAGCUAAAACUGGCACUGUUAAGGGGAAUCAUCUCCCCAUGGGCUCCAGCCUGGCUGUGUUGGUGGAGGGAGGCAGGAAGAGGGAUCCAUUUCCACCACACCUGCAGAUUUUGCCCUAGUGUGGUGGAGAGAAGAGCCACAGCUCCAUGGUUGUAGAGCACCCUCUUUGGAAGCAGAAGGCUCCAGGUUCAAUCCCUGGCAAUGUUUCCAGGUAGGAAGACACAUUGUGAAGCCCUAGAGAGCCACUGCCAGUCAGUGCUGAACAAGACAAGCCACUUAUCUGGCUUAGUAGAAGGCAGCAUCCAACAAUGGCCAUCAUUCAGGGGCCAUUUGCUUUGCACGAAGAAGGUCCCAUGUUCAGUCCCAAGUGUUUUCUGGUAGGGUUGGGUGGGGCAAGGAGACAGUGGAAUAGAGAGAGUGUCCUUUCAGUGGCCAGGGGAGCCUUCAGUGGUCCAUGGAGCACCCUGGGAUUAUCAGAGGCUGGGGUUUCCAUACAGGGAAACGCUUCUCCGUGUAGAAAUUAAACCCUGCCAGGAAACCCCCCCCCAGGGGAAAACUGGUGACGAAGUGCUCCCUCUGUCCCUUUCCAGCCCGUCAUUCUUGUCUCCAACAUUGGGGGCCAGCUGGGCCUCUGGAUGAGCUGCUCCAUGGUCUGUGUCAUCGAGAUUGUGGAGGUCUUCUUCCUCGACACCAUUUGCAUCAUCCUGCGCCGCCACUGGCAGAAGGCCAAGAAGUGGUGGCGGGGCAAGAACAGGGAGCAGGAGGAGGAGGAGGAAGAAGAGGCAGAGGCAGAAUCAACCGCCCCAAAUGGCCUGCAGGGCCACGACAACCCAGCCUGCACUGCAGACGACGAUGACCUGCCCACCUUCAACACAGCCAUGCGCCUGCCCCUCUCGCUGGAGCACCCACCCCCCAGGACCCCCCCGCCCAACUACAGCACCCUGAGGCUGGCCAGCACCUUUCCAGAGCAGCUGGAUGACACCCUGGAGGUUCGGACAACCCAGUGAUGCCCUUGACCCCAGCAGGAAAGGCCGCUCCUUGGACUCGGCGGCUGGACUUACCCUCUGGCGGGACGGGGGACAGAAGCCGCUGCCCCAAACAGAACUGCACCUGCUCUGUGCUCUGCCAUUCUGCUAGCCAGACACUUGAUGCCGUUUCUGUAUUAAUUCCCCCUCUGCCCCUCGCUGGGGGUGAGCCAGGCUUUUUGCCGGGGCGGCUGCUGUCGCGAUGCUCGGGUGUCCGAGGGCAGUUCCUGUCUGGAGGUGGGAGCUUAGUCCAUGACCCCGGACCCCCCAGACAACAGCUGCUCACUCUGUGGCAGAGAGCUGUGACUUCUUAGGGAAAGGACAAGUCCAGCUGCACCUUGACCCUCAGGCACAGAAGAUGGUUGUGGGUUCAGUAAGAUCCAGGUUCCCUUUUGCUGUAGCUGAAAGCAGCUCCCUGGUUUCAGCUGGCCUGGAAGGGAGCUAAGUGCUGCCUUCAAGAUUUUGCCUUUGUCCCAAAGCUGUAAAGGUUGGUUCUGAGAGCACACUCACAGAAGGAGCAGCCUUGGCUCUCAAGGGGUGCCUUUUAAUCCUGCUUCUGAAAAGACCUGCACCUCCAUGCCCAGCUACACCCACACAUGCACCCCCAGCCCUGCCAGGUGCACUUAUCGGGGUACAUUUUGCCGCCACCUCCUCCCUUGCAAGGUCCAUCCGCUGGAGGAGCUGAUAAUACUGGGGGGCAGGACACCCCUCAGUGCAAGCAGUUGGGAAUCACAUGUGGGGAGAGGGCUGCUGCUAUUGUUGUGCUCAGGUCCUGCUUGAGGGCUCCCCAUAGAGGCAUCUGCCUGGCCACCGUGAGAAAAGGGGGCUGGACUCCCGACAGGCCCCCUUUCACCUGAUCCAGGGCCCUUUGGAUGCAGGGGCUGUGGCGGAGGUGGCAAGCAGGAAGGCGUGAAAAAAAAGACUUGGCUCAUGUGCAAUAUAUGGUGAUGGUGUUUUUAAGCUUAAUAAUUUAACAACCAAGACCAACCCCUGGGAACUGUGGAAGGGGAGAAAUGCCUUUAAUAAAAUAUUUGUAAGGAA